GCCCGGAACCCCGGGCCAGCGCCAUGGAGCGGCUGCGGGACGUGCGGGAGCGGCUGCAGGAUUGGGAGCGCGCGUUCCGGAGGCGGUGCGGGCGGCGGCCGGGCCAGGAGGACGUGGAGGCGGCGCCGGAGGAGACCCGCGCGCUCUACCGGGAGUACCGCGCCCUGAAGGGGGCCCUGAGCCGGGCCGGCGGCAUCGGACCUCGCAGCCCCAAGCAGUCGCUUCUCGCGACGGCGGAGGAGAGGCCGGAGCCCAGCUGCUGGGGGCCGCACUUGAAUCGAGCUGCGACCCAGAGUCCACAUUCUAGUCCUUCUGGGCUAAGUCCUGUGGGGUCUGUGUCAGACUACGGGAAGAGGCUUAAGACCAACCUAAAGGCCACCCUGCAGGCUGGGCCAGCCCUGGGCCACAUACCCCGGCCUCCACGAAGACCCUCCUCCAAGACGCCCUCCCCGGGGCCACCAGGUGCAGGAGCUGCCCCCAUCUCUCCAGAAGAAGUCAGUGAGGUGCCCCUGCAGCCUCGUGGGCCCCGGCUGAGGCCAGGCCGCCUCCAGCAGCUACGGGCAUCCCUGAGUCUACGACUGAGCUCCCUAGAUCCUGACUGGCUACAGAGAUGUCACAGCGGGGCCCCAGAUUUCCUGGGGGCUGCCCAGGCCUGCCAGCCUAACCUGGGUGUAGAGGGGUCACAGCCUCUGACUUCAGGUGUGCCGUCAGUCCUUGGUCACAACACUGGCCCCGAGACUCGAGCCCUACAGACAGGUGGAGUUACAGGGAGCCCCCAACCCGGCAACAGUCGAGGCAAGAAGUGGAGAUGUGGGAGGGAACCAGAAGGGAACCCUGCACAGGCCCAGCAGGACAGUGGCCAAGCAGGACCUCUGCCUGAGGAAGCUGGCGCUGCGGGACAUGCGGAAGACGGUCCAGGAGAACCCCUGUGGGUACAGCCCCCCAGGCCCCACAGCCCUCAGGUACCAGAGCUUCAGCCUCCCGGUAGGGUCGCCUUGAGAUGAGCCAGGGUGGGGCAGGCUUUGGGCAUGGCCUGCUUGUACAUCCUUUCUAGACCAGCUAACCAAAGCGGAGGUAAUUACGUACGACUCAACAUGAAGCAGAAACGCUACGUGCGGGGCCCAGCGCUCCGUGGCAGGCUGCUCCGCAAGCAGAUGUGGAAGCAGAAGUGGCAGAAGAAAGGGGAGCGUUUUGGAGGUGGUCAGCCCAGAGCCACAGUCAGGAACUCCUGCUUCCGGUGUGGGCAGCUAGGCCACUGGUCAUCCCAGUGCCCCCAGCCAGUAAGUGAGAAAGAUACAGAGCCCGCUGGGCCUGAGCUGUUGGUGACCAUGGAGCGGUCUGUGCCCCAGGCGCACUGCCCACCCCGCUGUGUGCCACCACUCUACCCACCAGGGCCCUCGGGGCAGGUGGCAGAGACACCAGCUGAGGUGUUCCAGGCCCUAGAGCAGCUGGGGCACCAAGCCUUCCGCCCCGGGCAGGAGCGUGCGGUCAUGCGGAUCCUCUCUGGCAUGUCCACGCUGCUGGUGUUGCCCACAGGUGCUGGCAAGUCCCUUUGCUACCAGCUCCCUGCGCUGCUUUACGCCCAGCGGAGCCCCUGCCUCACACUGGUCAUCUCUCCCCUCCUGUCUCUCAUGGACGACCAGGUGUCUGGCCUGCCCCCGUGCCUGAAGGCAGCGUGCAUCCAUUCAGGCAUGACCAGGAAGCAGCGGGCGUCUGCCUUGAAGAAGGUUCAGGCGGCCCAGGUGCAUGUGCUGAUGCUGUCCCCCGAGGCGCUGGUUGGGGCUGGGGCAGGGACCCCUGGCCGCCUCCCUCAGCUGCCUCCGGUCGCCUUUGCCUGUGUCGACGAGGCCCACUGCCUUUCCCAGGGGUCCCACAACUUCCGGCCCUGCUACUUGCGCGUCUGCAAGGUGCUGCGGGAACAUAUGGGCGUGCGCUGCUUCCUGGGCCUCACGGCCACGGCCACACGCAGCACCUCGAGGGAUGUGGCCCGGCAUCUAGGCGUGGCCGAGGAGCUGGUCCUCAGAGGGCCGGUCACCAUCCCCACCAACCUGCACCUCUCUGUGUCCACGGACAGGGACCCAGACCAGGCUUUGGUGACGCUGCUGCGGAGUGAUCGUUUCCGUGUUCUGAGCUCCGUCAUCGUGUACUGCAACAGACGUGAGGACACAGAGCGUGUCGCCGCACUGCUCCGCACCUGCCUGCCUGAGGCCCGGGACCUGGGGCCCCAAGGCCGGGCCCCCAAGGCUAUAGCCGAAGCCUACCACGCCGGCAUGUGUGGCCGGGAGCGGCAGCGGGUGCAGCAGGCCUUCAUGGACGGCCGGCUGCGGGUGGUGGUGGCCACGGUGGCCUUCGGGAUGGGGCUGGACCGGCCAGACGUGCGGGCCGUGCUGCACCUGGGGCUGCCCGCGAGCUUCGAGAGCUACGUGCAGGCUGUGGGCCGGGCCGGGCGUGACGGCCAGCCGGCGCACUGCCACCUCUUCCUACAACCCCAGGGCCAGGACCUGCGGGAGCUGCGGAGACACGUGCACGCCGACGCCACCGACUUUCUCGCCGUGAAGAAGCUGGUCCAGUGCUCGUUCCCACCCUGUACCUGCACCAGUGCCCACGCCCAGCGGCCCCCGGAGCAGGACGGAGCCGAGAGCCAGGACAGGCCCGUGGCCACGUCCCUGAGGGAGGCCGAGCAACCCAACAUCGAGUGCACAGCCCGGUGCCCGGGCCACGAGCGGGCACUCCCAGUGCAGCCGUUGGUGCAGGCCCUGGACAUGCCUGAGGAGGCCAUUGAGACCCUGCUGUGCUACCUGGAGCUCCACCCACGGCGCUGGCUGGAACUGCUGACGCCCACCUGCGCCCGCUGUCGCCUGCACUGCCCUGGGGGCCCCCCCCAGCUCCAGGCCCUGGCCCACAGGUGUCCCCUCCUGGCUGUGUGUUUGGCCCAGCAGCCACCGCAGAACACAGGAGGGGGAAGCUGUUCUGUCGAGUUCGACGUGCUGCAGCUGGCCGGCUCAGCGGGCUGGAAGCUGGCCUCUGUAGAGCACGCUCUCCGCCAGCUGCAGUGGGAGCCAGAGCCCGCGACAGGUGCACCUCGGGCCACGGGGGUGCUGGUGGAGUUCCGGGAGCUUGCCUUCUGUCUGCGCAGUCCUGGAGACCUGACGGCCCACGAGCGGGACCAGAUCUGUGACUUCCUGUACUGCCACAUACAAGCCCGAGAGCAGGAGGCUCUGGCCCGCCUGCGCCACACCUUCCAGGCCUUUCACAGCGUCGCCUUCCCCAGCUGCGGGCCCUGUUUGGAGCAGCCUGAUGAGGAGCGCAGCGCCAGGCUCAAGGCCCUGCUCAGCUGCUACUUCGAGGAAGAGGGUUCAGGGGGCACGGAAGACCAGCAGGGCCCAGAGCCAGGACAGGCUGGGAUCCAGGACUGGGAGGACCAGAUUCGCCAGGACGUCCGCCACCUUCUGUCCUCGUGGCCAGACCAGCAGUUCUCAGGCAGGGCUGUGGCCCGUAUCUUCCACGGCAUCGGAAGCCCCCGCUACCCAGCGCAGGUGUAUGGGCGGGACCGGCGCUUCUGGAGAAGAUACUUGCAUCUGAGCUUCCCCGCCCUGAUGCGCUUAGCCACAGAGGAGAUCCUGCGGUGGGGCCACUGACCACCCUGCCGUGGGCGGGCCCUGCUCCCCCACAUCACGGACAGGCAUGCACAGGGGGCCGCGUGGCCACAGUACGGAGGGAAUCAGGUGUGGCAUUGCGUCAGGGAAAAGGGACAUCGAUGGCCAUGACAACGACUGACUACCCUGGGCACAGCCCACCACCGGAAAUGUGGGGGCAAGGAAGCCCCCAA